AAUGUGUUGGUUAACCUCGGAAAGCUUGAUAUAAUCCCGCAAUCUCCAGUUAUGUUUCAUGAUGAUCCAGAAUCAUGGAACGUUCAACUUUUCAGGUCAAUUGAUGGUGGGGCCGCUUACAGGUUCCCAGAAACACCAGAAGAUGCAGCAAAUUCAGGUCUUGUGUGUGGUAAAGAUGACAUAAUUGACCGAAGUAUUGAAGAUGCUUAUAUUCACGCCAUUCGCCGAGCCAAAAACUUUAUUUAUAUUGAGAACCAGUACUUUCUUGGAAGCUCGUUUGGUUGGCUUGCUGAUGAUAUAAAGGUCAAAGAUGUUGGUGGGCUGCAUUUAAUUCCAAAAGAACUUUCUUUAAAGAUUGUUAGCAAGAUUGAGGCUGGAGAAAAGUUUACCGUUUAUGUUGUUGUACCAAUGUGGCUUGAAGGGAUCCUGGAAAGGGCAUCUGUUCAGGCGAUAAUAGACUGGCAAAGAAGGACUAUGGAAAUGAUGUAUAAAGAUAUUAUUCAGGCUCUACAAGGUCAAGGCCUUGAAGAUGACCCAAGAGACUAUCUCACUUUCUUUUGCCUUGGGAAUCGUGAGGCGAAGAGGAGCAGGGAGUAUGAACCACCCGAACCUGAAUCAAAUAACCACAAAGCCGAAGAAGCCCGGCGCUUCAUGAUCCAUGUGCAUGCCAAAAUGAUGAUAGUGGAUGAUGAAUACAUAAUUGUUGGAUCUGCCAACAUCAACCAGCGGUCGAUGGACGGUGCCCAAGAUUCUGAGAUAGCGAUGGGAGCUUACCAACUGCAUCACAUAGCAACCAGGACACCGGCUAGGGGUCAGGUCCAUGGGUUCCAUAGAUGAAGACCAUAACAUCAUAAAGUAACAUACUUUGUAGAAGCUCAGAACUCCCAAUUCGACUCAUAUAUAAACGUUGUUCAUUGAGACACGCAACCUCAUCAAGUA